AUGUAUAGAGAGCCGGCGGGACCAGACGAUAGUAACGUGCAGCAUUUGAACGACUCGAAAGCUGCAUCCCCGGUCGGGAAGGCAGACGCGUAUGAUAAUUCCAGCAGCCAUAGUAGAUCCAGAGGGCGAGUGCUGACCCCCGAGGAGCACUGGCAGCGGUACCGGCCGCAGCUGGCGACGAGGUACGGGCACUGGCGAUUCUGGUUACCAGCGCAGGGGCGAGAGGCGAAGCUGUCGCUGGAGCUGCUGCGCGAAAUCACCCCCGUGGAGGUGGAGAGCGGUGCGGAGGAGUACGUGCUGCGGCCCCCGUCACAUGCAACACGCACAGCAACCCCGCAGCACAGCCCUUGCCCGUUGCCUACUCUCCACCACUCUCCACCUCCACACCCCCACGACAGCGCAUUUCUGCAGAAUGGGGCGUGCGCGCAUGGACGGUACGCACGGAUGCUGCUGGGUGCAUGCAAUGGCCCUGGCGCGCAGCUCAACGUGGCCUUCUCGGAAGCUUCCUUGUCGCUGAGGCAAGACGACACUGUCCUAUCAACGGACAGGCACAACAACUCCCACACUGGUGGCAGUGGCGCCAGCUAUAAAGCUACUGAUCGCAACACAAGCCCCUCCGGCCAAUCGCUGCAUGACACGUGGGCCAGCCCUCACUGGAAGACCCCUCUUCCAACCCACCUGCCAGCCUCCCUCCCCCCUCUCCCUCCCAAGCCCCUCUAUGGAGUUCCCCACUACAUCUACACUGACCUCUAUGCUACACCUCUUCCUGAGCAUCUGAACAACGGGCUGGAAACUCAGAACAUGGAGGUGUUUUCAGGGUAUUUAGCAGGAGUACCCAAGGCCCAGCACAGCAGGUAUGGUGUGUGGGCUCUGCCCAGGGGCGUGGUGGUGGCCAUGCCUUCCCCCUUGGAGCCUUUGCUCAGCCGUGAGGGGGAAGGAAAAGGGGAGGAGUUUUGGCUGGUUGUGACGUAUGUGAAGGGGGGAGGACAAGGUGUUCAGGGUGGUGGUGAUGGGGAGUUAGGAGGGGUGGAGGUGGGUGGGGAUGAAGGAGAGGAGGAGGUGGGGGGUGCGCUUGCAGAUACAGGGUACAUGGCGGAAGGAGAGUGGAAGGUGCAGCAGGUGGUGAUAGCAUAUGAUGCACAGGGGAGAUUCGAGUACGUGAAGCACACCAGGUUCAUGUGA